AUGGCUCUCCUUGGCUUGCCAAACGAAAUCCUGAUAGCCAUUGUAGACCAUUUGAGACUGGAGUAUGGUCAUGCUAGAGAGUACGCACUUCUGCCGUCGCACAUCGUUGACUGGGCGGACGGCUACACAAUUCGUCACCAAAACAGAUGGCGAUACAACCGGUACCCUGGUGACUGGGAUGGCGGUGAGUCUCACGAUUGCGAAAAUGUAGUGGAAUGGCUCCUAGAAGGGGAAUCGAAGGUGGAUUCUAGAGACUCUCUUGGUCGCACUGUGCUGCAUCAAGCAGCAUUCCAGAACUGUGAGCGGACAAUCAGACUCCUCCUCAAUCGAGGAGCUGACCCCAUGUCGAGAGAUUCAUUUGGUCAAACUCCACUUCACAUGGCAUGUGCUCCUUUCUGUGACGUUGCCGAAGAUGCGUUUGAGAUCCUGCUUGAAGCCGGCUCUGAUCCUGAUUCGAAAGACAGCAACGGUGAAACGCCUCUACAUAUGGCUGCACGAGCCGGAUUUUCAUGGGGAGUCCAUAUGCUGGCGGCGGGUGGCCUGACGGAUUUUAUUGCAAAGAAUAAUGAUGGCAAUACAGCAUUGCACCUAGCAGUGCUGAGUGGGCCUGAAGAGAUGGCCGAUGAAACGAUCAAGGAGUUACGUAAAGCCGGCAUGGAUUCCAGCUUGGUAAACAACGAUGGUCAAAGUGCUCUGGAUCUAGCGCGGGAACUAGGCGAGGAAGAAACAGUGACUGUUAUCUUGCGAGUUAUCUGA